AAACCGGGAAAUAUUUAGCUCUUGAUUUGGGUGGAACAAAUUACAGGGUUUUGCUAGUGACUUUUGAUAAGCCAAAUACGGAACCCAUCAUAGAGGAAACUUCAUAUAUCAUCCCAAAUGAAUUAAUGCAGACAGAAACAAAGAAACUUUUUAAAUUUAUUGCAAGUACACUUGAUGAUUUCGUGCAAGUUAGAGGGCUGAAUGCCGAAUGCAUUGAUUUGGGAUUUACUUUUUCUUUUCCUUGUCAACAAAAGAAAUUGGAUUCAGCAAUAUUACUUUCUUGGACAAAAGGGUUUAACCUUACGGAUGGACCUGGUAUAGAUAUUGUUAAAGUUCUUCAGGAAUCUCUUAACGAACAGUGCCUUUCCGUUAGCUCUUGUUUUUCUAUAACAUAG